AUGAAAUAUUUUGUGGGAUGUUUCGGUCCUGCGGCAUUAGCUAAAUUCACUAAUUAUAAAUUUAACAUUUUGCUAAUUGCAGGUGUAUUGGCCACAGCUACUUACAAGUACGACCUUAAGACUGACGAAAAAGGAGUUACACAUUCCCAUGUCGGCCCAGAGACAUUGACUUGCAAACUUGUCGACCACCCGAGUAAUGAAUUGGACCCUGAGUUUCAGCAGACUCUAUCAAAUGAUGCUGAUGCCAAGACUUACAAUGAAGAGAAGGUAGCAGAGUUAAAAGAAAAAUCAUUUUGCAAAAUAGCGGAGAAAGCGUACACAUACUUCAUGCAGAAUAUCAGAGAAGCUGCCAAAGAAGUACCUUCGUCAGAUUUUUUCACCAAUAUCGAAUAGAAAUAUGUAUUGUAGUAUUUAUAGAUAGUAUU